UGCAUCGAUCAUGGCUGCAGAGGGAGACUUUCUGGCGAGAUACCGAGCUGUAUCAAAUAAACUGAAGAAGCGUUUUCUUCGGAAGCCCAAUGUGGCAGAGGCGAGUGAGCAGUUUGGUCAGUUAGCUAAGGAACUGAAGCAGCAGGACUGCCUGCAGUAUGCUGCCUUCUGUAACCUGGCCAUGGCUCGGUGUGAGCAGACUCUCUUUAACGCUCCUGGAGAGGCCCUGGCGUUAACCGACGCCGCCCGCCUCUUUCUCUCGUCUGAGAAGGAGAACAGGGCCCUGCAGGCUCCGGGCUUUGAUGAGCACCUUCAGGCUGCACUCAACUGUUACAGCUUUGCCAUCAAGGUGUACAUCGAGAUGAAUCAGCCUGUGAUGGCAGCCAGCUUGUGUCUUGAACUUGGCAAUGCGCUCAAGGAGAUGAACAGACCAGGAGAGGCUAUAGUUCACUAUCAGAGGGCGGCAGAGUUGCAGACCCAGACGCCGAUUGAAGUUCUGCUGUCAAUGGGAGAAAUGGCUACAUGUAAAAUUCUCACACGUGACUACGAUGGUGCGCUGUCAGUGUUCACAGAGAUGCAACUUAUAUGCCAGGAGAGAGGACUGCAGCUACCAGGCACCAGCACCCCUGUUGGGGCUUUUCUGGACAUUGUGGCAAAAUGUGAGCUCUCCAGAGUAUUAUUGCUGAUGUUGCUUGAGCCUCCACCUCAGAAGCUGCUACCAGAACAUGCACAGACUCUGGAGAGAUACGCCUGGGAGUCUUUUGACCCUCACAGCCAAGUGACUUUCCUGCCCGAGAAUGUUUUCCUCCUCCUGCAGUCAGUCGUGAUGGCGUGUCAGGAGAAAGACACAGAAUCCCUCAAGUCUCUUCAGACUGAGUUAUGGCCAUUCCUGACUGCUGAGCAAAAUCACCUUCUCCACCUGGUGGUUCAGGAGCGCAUCACGCCGUCUGGCCAAGGCAUUUAGUACAGUCCAGUUUUUACUCACUUCCUCUGGGAACAAUACUUUAUAUAAUGGA